AUCCGAUCUCUCGCUCGCACCACGUGGUGGGGCGGCUGCGCGGAGGCGCGGGCAUGUUCGAAGCCCUGUGCUACAUUUUUAUUAGUUUGUAACCGUUCUUUGACUCAGCACCACAGCUUUCUUGCGUGCUGUUUAUCAAUAACAUUUCGGUAAACAAAGUCCAACAGAUGAGUGACGAGACGGUGAAGCUUUUUCAAGCUCAUGCGCGCUUUGGCGUCAUUCAGCUUGGGCAUGGCGAGCCGAAAGCUGAUUAAAGUUGCCGCGAUCGUCGCUUUCUUGUACUGCACCCUGUUGGUGUACCAGGGCGGUGUCAACUACCAACCUCGAGUGCAAGUGCAAGAACUGACUGUAGAUUCAGUGACUAAAUCUAGUGUUAAUAACAGUGAUCCGAUAAAUAAGAUAACAUUGGAUGAUUUGUUCAUAAGUGUUAAAACUACAAAAUAUUAUGAAAACACAAGACUGCCAAUAAUAUUGAAGACAUGGUUUCAAUUGGCAAAAAACCAGACAUGGUUUUUCACCGACAGAGAUUAUCAAUUUCAUCAAAUCCAAACAAAUGGACACAUGGUGAACACCAAAUGCUCUCCAACUCACUCCAGAAAUGCGCUUUGCUGCAAAAUGGCAGUCGAAUACGAUCGCUACUUAGAAAGUAAAAAAAAAUGGUUCUGCCACUUUGAUGAUGACAACUACGUGAACGUACCACGCCUAGUCGAAGUCCUCCAAAGAUACGAUUACAAAAAGGAGUGGUACCUCGGCCGGACCUCGGUCUACAGGCCAGUGCUGAUCUACCAUAAGUCCAAAAGGAGCAAAAAAACUAAGGUUGAAUAUUCAAAAUUAAAAUAUUCGUUUUGGUUCGGCACGGGCGGUGCUGGAGUAUGCUUGAGCCGAAGUUUGGCUUUAAAAAUGUUACCUUUUGCGAGUGGUGGGCGGUUCAUCAGUUUUUGUGAUAACGUUCGGUUUCCUGACGACGUAUCCCUUGGAUAUCUUAUAGAAAACAUAAUGAAAAUAAAUCUAACGGUGGUACCAGAGUUUCACUCACAUUUGGAGCAAAUGAAACUCUUGGACACAGAUAAGUUGAAGGAUCAAGUCUCCUUCGGCUACAGCUUGGUUAAGGAUGAGUGGAACGUAGUCAACGUGCCGGGUUUCGACACACGAUAUGAUCCUACUAGGUUCCUGUCUCUGCAUUGUUUCCUGUUCCCGCAUUUCAAGUUCUGUCCGAGAUAGCCAACGUGUUACACCUGUGUGGAAAGCUAGUUUAUCUAAUUUAUCUUUGGUUGCCUGACAUAGUUUUAAAAUAUUUUUCUUUUCUUUUUGUUUAUGGCUUGAUUUUAACGUACAUCCCAAAUUGUUAUUUUCUAAAAAUAUAUUAUUUUAUUAUGAGGAAAAUUUAGAUCGAUAUAGAGAUGAUGCGUUUCUAAAUUUCAAUUCUUUUAAUAUUAUUUUUUUUAAUUACCGUAAAAUCAGGUAACUUUAGUCCACAACUUACAACUAUGGCCCGAAUUCAAGUUCCAGUAAAAUAUGUAGAAGUAUUUUUCAAAUUAUGUUGAGUAUAAUAUAAUAUAAUUAUGUAGAGAGAGCAUUAGUGUAUCUAAGCUCCAAAAUGAAUCUAUCGAGUACACAUCAUAAAGGCUCGUUAAGAAUCAACGUUAAAAACUGGACCAUAGUUGUACUUAAGGGCUUAAGUUACCCGAUUUUACGAUAUAAUUUUUUAUUUUUUUUUACAUUAUUAUUUUUUAUAUUUUCUUUACAAUAACUAUUUUGUUUAACUCGUAUUAAUUAGAAAAAAAUCAACACAAUAAUUGAUAAUGCUAAACUUGUAUUUAUAGAUGUUUUGUAUUUAUACAUAAUGAAUCUAACUUUUACAUAAAAAUGAAGAGUUGUGAAAGUGCAAUUGACAAAACUAAUGUCACUGAAAUUCGCACACAAUCCAUUUUGUUAAUGAUCAUGUUUCCAAACAUAUUUAACUGGUAAAUUAAUUUAUAAAACGUAAUGUAAUAAAACUUGUUUCUCAGUUUGCUGUGAGACAUUAAUGUAAGUAGCUUAUCACUGAGCCAAUCACACUCAUAAAUAUUAUACGAGUAUAAUCUACCAUAGUUCUACUGCAAAAAGCAAUAAUAUUUGAAAACUCAUUAUAAACUUUUGGUCAUGUAAGAACUGUAAGAAGGUACAGAAUAAAAUGUACAUAUUGUACAUACAUAGUUCCUGUGCCUAUUUGAGCGCGGAUAAAUUAUAUAUGUCGAAGACCUCGCUGUCAAAUAAAUCUGAAAAGUAUUUCUAAGAAUAUAAAUGUCACGAAUUCAAAACCUACAUGGGUGAUGUAAUAAUUGUUGUCUUUAAAAAAAGUCUGUGAUAUUAGCUGAUAAAUGUAAGUAGACGCAAAAUGUGCUAUUAAAAUGUUAUUUAAAAUCUCUUUCAAGUCAAUGUUAUGAUAUUGUUUAUAAAAUAAUUAUUUGUUUAUAAAAUAAACAAUUUCAAAAAU